UUGUGAAGUGUAUUGAUUUAUAUGUUCUAAAUGGGUCCUUUAAUUUUUAAUUUGAUUGUUUGAUUAGUAACUGUUAUUGUACGAACUGUUUUCCAUAGACUUUGAUAAACAUGUUCAUUGGACGACCUUAUCUAUUCGGAGGACAUUUUAACAACAAACCAGUACAGAUAAAAGUUCACAAAUGAGUUUUUGUCCAUGGUGAAGGAAUAUGAAUCAGGAGAACGCCAACCCAACUGUCAAUGCAUGAUUAAGAGGUAGAAUAAUGAGCACGAGAGGCAGCAAGUUAGUAUCAGAAAUACAAGAACGAUAUUUGGAAUGCAGCAUUUGUACAGAGAUAUUUAACGAACAUGAACGUAUUCCUAAACUUCUUCCUUGUCUUCAUACAUUUUGCUUGGCAUGCCUCAAAGCUCUGUACAAAAAAGAUCGAAUAAAAUGUCCCACCUGCAACGGCUUGUAUAAGUUGAGUAAACGAGAAUUUAACAAUCUUCCUAAAGACAACACCCGACGUGACCUCACGUCAUUCAUUCAAGUUCAAGUUAAACCUGACAAUGAGUGUUUAAAUUGUGGAAACUGUGUAAGCAAAUUGUAUUGUUGUUAUGACUGCGAUAAAUGCUUUUGCUCUAAAUGCUGCAAAGUUCACAAACAAAAACAUUCAUCGCAUAAUGUACAAGAAUUGAACGAAGAAACAUCCAACGUUUGUAAAAUUGCUGGACAUGACAAUAGUCCACUGAAAUAUUUUUGUAAGGGGCCUUUAUGUGAAAAAGUAAUCUGUGCUAAUUGUGCCUUAUCCGACCACAGAGAUCAAGGAAAACAUUACUUAGAAGAUGUGAAACAAACAAUUGAUCAACGCAAAGAUCAGUUAAAGACAGCUGUUGCAGCUUUGAGAAGACAAAUAAACACCGUGAAAGUCAUAGAGAAAACUUGUAAGGAAAAAGAUAUUUCCUUGCGCAAAGAGAGGGAAAAGUUCUGCACAAAUGUAGAAAGAAUCUAUAAUGACGGAGUAAAUGCGUUGAAUUUCAAAAAAGAAUUCAUAGUCCAGAGUUACAACAAAUUGCUUAAAGGACACGAAGAAAGUAUUCUAAGCACAAAAGAGAAAACUUCCCCAUAUAUUCAGAACGCUGAGGAAUGCUGUAAUAUAACCGAAAGAUUACUCUCCGAUAAUGGGAUUAAAUCGUUCCUUGCAGUUGAUAAAACAUUGAAUAAUCGUAUCCAGGAAUUUUUAGAUAAAUCUUUUGAAAAUGUUGAAUUUAAUGACAAAGCAGGUUUACAGUCUGUACAUGGAAACGUUACUUCCUUUGAACAAUCUGUUAAAGGCUUCAAAGACUCUUUGAAAACAUCAAAAUCUAGUUGUGUAUAUGGUUAUGAUUUACUUAAAGGUAUUUCAAAGAAGCGUUUUCCGUGUCCUGAACCAAAGAUAAUUUUAAAUUUAGGUAUCAGAACUGUGAAAAAGGCUAGUUCUUACAUGUACGACACAUUCUUUGAGGAACCCGAGCAAGAGACGUUUCUUGACAGGCUGAAGCGAACAUCCAAAGUUUUUAUCCCAAUAUUUAUUGUGAUAGCAAUGGCAAUGCUACCAGCAGACUUGUUUAUUUCAAGUAAUUAUUUUUUAGUUGCAAAUUCCACAUUCAAUACUAAACCGAAAAGCUCAUUUGUUUGUAGCUCAAUUGACAACGAAUCAGUUUCAACUAUUCCUAUUGGUUAUAGCACAACAUGCGGCUCAAGGGAUAAUUUUUUCAAAUAUGAAGGUGUCUUCGUGGACAGAGAAUUUACAAGAUAUAAAUCGCAUAAUUUGGACUUGGUUGUGAAAUUUCAAGAACAUUUCUUCGUAGAUAGUGAUUAUGAAGGACUUGUGCUAUUUGAAUUUGGUUUGACAACUGAAAGUGUUAACACAUAUUACCUCCAUGAGAGUAGUAUGUUAACUCUUACUGCAUACAGCUGUAGAAAUAUGUAUAGUGUUUGCAUAAGAAUUGGUAAUGGUCUAAAUAGCCCACUAUCAUUGGGCAAUAUUUUUGUUGCCGACCUAAAUUCUAAUUAUAUGAGAGGGAAAUUCAGUAUUCGAAUUCGACCAGAAAGGGGAAUUAUAUCGUUUAUUUCUAAAACAGAUGAGACAAUCCUGUUGUACAAAUUCACAAAUGUUUUAAUAGACUCUUCAUUGUUUGGAGUGUUUGCCUUAUAUGAACGAGAAAAAAUAUCUGUCUCGAUGUCUUUGUCUACCGACAAUAAUAUCCAGUUUGAUAGAUCUACUUUGCAUCCAAGUUUAUACAUUUCAUCUGAUAACAAAACGUUUUCAAACCGACCAACAUCUUAUACAAGAUUAAACGACAGAAAAGACAACAGAUAUGUUUAUGCCGUUCCAUUAUCAACUGCUUCAUUUGAACACAUAUAUACAGUUGUGAACAUCAGGUUUACUCAUAUUAACGGUUUGAAAUAUGGAACAAAGAUGUUUGAAAUCGGAGUAGGGAGUAACAAGAACAGGCAGUUCUAUAAAGAUUUAAAAUUUGAAUGCUUCAUAUGUAGAAUAACAAAAUAUUGGAUAUUUGACGGUACUGGAUAUUGUUUACAAAACAGAGAUGGACUAACUAUAAUUAAACCAAGUUUUAAAAUUAUCAUGCAUUACCAAAUUACGACAAAUAGAUUAAGCAUCUAUAUUCCGAAUACUGAAGGAAGACGCAGUUACUAUAUCUACACAUAUACGAAUUUUGAUCGGGUUCUUCCCACUUUUUAUAUUGGCAAAAUGGAUUCCAAAGACAUAACAGCAUCAUGGACAAAAGAUGUUCUGCUAUAUGAAGCAGCAUGGUUAUUAUUUUCAGACUGGUUGGAUUCAUAAAUAAGACAUAAAUCAACAGCUUAAAUCGCUUUCGUAAAACUAUUAAAUGCAGAAAUAUCAUCAAAAUUGCGAAAUGUUUCAAAUAAGAAAAAAACUCAGUUUAUUUCUUAAUUAUUCUAUUUGUCAUAAGGGAACGGAAUUUUCGGUUAUUUUAUAUUUUUCAUUCUGAAGAUUGUCAUACGACACUGCAAUUCUUUCUUCAAUACAACAUUGCUGAAUUUAGUUGCUUUUAUUUGCAGAUAUAUUAUUAUUUUAAAGUCAUAUGAAAUGAUUUUCUGAUAAUUAUUAUGUUGAGAAAAUGAUUGAAACAAUGCAUGCAUAUAUAUUAUACUAAGUCCUCUGCGGACGUGUUUUAAUACAUUUAUAACGAACAAUACAGUAUAAUCGACAAAAAAUAUUUCAUCCUGUGAUUGUUGAUCGAAAAUUUUACCUGCAAAUUAGCUUUCGGGUUUGUAUGCCAACGUUUACCGAUUGUUACUUAUUGAUAACCAAUCAACACAGAAUAAUGGAACAUGUGGAAAAUAAGUGAGACGAUAGAGCGAUAUAUAUUUGUAUUUUUUAUGUUUCCAUGUUUUCCAUGCGUACCCAUUUGUUAAUUAAACUAAACUAUUUCAUAACAGUUGUGAAAUGAUUUGAUGUAUUAUUUUUUUUUAUUUCAGAAUUAAUUAAUUUAACACUAUCUUUUCCCCCCUGUGUUUACCUUUUCUUUCAUCACGGGUUUUCCCCCUGAUCUGUGCAAUUGCCGAAGUUCUAACGGAGGAUUUCAUGGUUAAGGUCCCUGGAUACGGAAAAGCUGUCGGCGAAUGAUGUACGGGAAGACCACAAAUCAAUAGCAUUACCUUUCUGAAGAUUUUGAUUAGAGUCUAUGUACACGUUUUUUUAAAAGUAAAAGUAAGCAAUUGAAGUAUAUAAAACAUUUAAAACUUUUUUAUUAAAGAAAUAUUAUAUGACUUUAAGUUUCUGCUUCUUUAAAAUUUGUUAAAGAAAAUAUUCUACAUAAAUGAUCAAAACUGCUUAUAAAAAUGCCAUUGGGAAGUAGAUUUAUAUACAACUCGAGCCAACGAAAAACUUAUUGAAUCAAUCUAGCGACAAACGUAUAAUAAAAAUACCGAACUCCAAGGUAAAUUUAAAAAGGGGAAAUCAAUAAAAACUGACAAAAUCAAACGUUAUCAACCAACGGAACAAUUUUUUGUUGUUCAAAAAUGACAAUCAUUUCCACUACGAAGAAUAAAUGAUUAUUUUCAAUUUUCCUUAGCAUAAGUUGAAAUGAAAUACAUUUUAUACAUUCAGUAACCACUAAUUAAACAAAAACAAAAAAAUUACACAAUGUACGGCAAAUGUCUCUUUUUAUGCGGUAAACGGCGUCGGCGAAAUAACUGUUGGGGAAAGUGCAUGCAGUUAAAAACAAAUAUUUUCAAUAUGGUUCGCUUUUUGCACGUCAAGAAAAAAAUAGUUGGCCCAACAACAAUAACCCCAUAAUGAUACAAUUUUGUCGAUUAAAAUUAAUAUUCGAAAUUAUUCAAAUAAAUAAGAUUUUGUUUUAACAAAACACAAUAUAUAUGUCAAUGCGUACAGACAGAUAAAAGGUAGGAUUCAUAUUUAUUUAUUUGUUAUUUUUAUGAUAUUGAAGAAUAUAAAUACAUAUAUAACUA